ACACAUGUAUAUUAUAUAGAUCAAGACGUGUUGCUCCCUGUAUUCACGUUGUAAUGCUAUGAUGGGUUGAACCUGAUUCUUUUGAUAUAUGCCAUCUGUAAAAGGCUAUUGCAUCACAUCUGCUUAUCUCUCCCAGUAAUUGAAUCCAGCUGUUUUGUAUUGACUCUUAUCAAAGCAUCAGUCCUCAUGAACGCGACACAGACACGAGACGCAGGAAGCCAUUGUUGUUUUCUCUUCUCAAAGUAAAUACAAAUGCCUUAUUUGAGGUUCCUGGCUCUUUUCAAAUGAGAGCACUUUCCCUUGUUCCCAUUUCCUCCGAGAUCCAGAGAAGCGUCUGUUGAAUGUUAAAAUCAAGGAUGGGCUUUAAUCAAUACUUGCGAUCGAUGUGGUCAACAUAUAAUUGCAACAGGCCCCAACUCGGACAGUACAAAUGCCUCCCCUGAGUUUUGUGGCGAACACGUUGACAACAAGAGACCGUCUAACAUCAGCUGGCUCCUUUUGCUUCUUCUUCUUUUGAAUAGAUGUGAGUUAACACUUGACCUUUUCAAGCGGCGACGCCUCUUUGCCGUCGUGGUUUGGCGUCAUCUGGAAUCGAAAGAGACAAGAGUCCUGAAAUGUACAGUAUAUCCACGGGAGUUCUCCUUCACCGGGAAGGGAAAAAGCAGACGUUUCAUUGUGUGCAGAUUUUCUCUGGUUAAGUAAAAACCUUGUACGUGGGUUAUUUUUAGAGUGUUUAAUAAGUUUGUUAGGAUUUCACACGAGCUUAAAGGGAAGAUAAUCCUCACCCCUGCCCCAGCUGCAGCGAGCCUCGGAUGCCCACCAAACUUGGAACUGAACGAUAAAGCACUUUUCAAAAAUGCAUUACACUGAACUUGUUUGCUGAAGAUAACAUUAUUAGAAUGGUUGCAGGGAGAGUAAAAAAAAACAACAAAAAAAAACAGCUGGAAUAUGUUAAGACUCAUUUUGGUGAACGGGGAAGAGGCCUGCGAAUCCGUGGUGGUACACAUAGACCAUGAAAAAUGGAUGAGCUCUACCUCCCGAGACUAAAAUUAGACAGGAACCUAAUAUGCUCAGUGUCCUUCAAGUAACACUCUGAUUUAUAAGCAACAACAAGAGACUCAGGGUGAGAAAAAAAAAAAAAGUCUACCGUUCUACAAAACAGUCGCCAAGAUAGGUAGAGAAACGUAAUGCCAGUCGACACAGCGUGGAGAAUCAGAUUAUCCCUUUUGGAGGAAACCUAAGCAGCCAUUGAAAUGAAGCAAUGGAGUCUUUUUUAAACAAUCGCAUCACACAAUAUGAUUACUGCGUGACUGUCCUUCAGUGACUACGCUGCUGCAGAAUAUAAAGGAUAAACGUACAAUGUAGUAUAAAUAUUGAUACACAAUUUCCUGUACUGUCAGCCACAGAUUUGAGCGUGUGCAUGUUGAUGUUUGUGUGGCCUUUGGCAAGCAGCUGGAUGAGCAGCUUAAAUAGUUCAUUAAUUAAAGAAGGACUUUAAUAGGCUUCUUUUUUUUUUUUUUCACAGGCUUCUGGAAGAAGCAUCUGUAGAGAACACCAGUAAUUAAUUGCUUACUAGCAUUUAAAAGUGCAGCCUUAAUGGCUUAUUCAUUUGUCAAUUAAAGCUCUUUUAUUUGUUACUGUAAAUCAGUGACUCAAAAACUACCCUGAAACUUCUUUGGUUCCCAGCUUUAGGAGAGAGCAGCUCAUCUUCACAAAUAUCCACUGAACUUUUCCAGGCCAUGGAGAUAACAUAUCGGAAUUCUUAAUUUAGGUGGUGCUAAGAGAUAAUUGCGAGAUAAUAAAGGUUGCAUCAGCGAUGGAUUUACAACAUGUUUUGCUGUUGAGGUCUCCGUUAAUGACCGGCGUGAGCGUAAAAUGCCAAGACAUAAAUCUUAAUUGAUACUUGUGGGCCACUUGGGCGAUUUGCGUCAUUAACAUGGAUUUGCAGUCGUGAUUGCAUCUACCUGAAAGUCCAAUAAUCGCUCUCCUUUUAGCUCAGCUUUGAUCUCCACCAGGCCCUGAGGGAAAUACUCUUUAGCUGUGGAACACUUCAGUGUGUUCGCCAGCUUGUUGCUAACAUCUUACAUUCGUCGUCUUACAUCCUGGUGAUAAUUCAAGUGACACCUGUACUUUUACACAUAGCUGUUUGAUUUAUUGUUAAUCUGACAGCAUUGGAUUCAGACGUGUUGAAAGUGUCACGGAAAUGUCAUGAGGCCUGAGCUGGCGAGGUUGCCGUCACAGCCUUCAGACAUGUGAAAAUCACCGUCGUAUCUGUUUUGUUGUUUUCGAACGUGUUAUACUUAUAUGACAAACUUAUUUUAAGCCCCCCCCCCCCUCUGUCUGUCAGUAUGAGCAAACACCGACUAAGUAUUAACUGGACUUUUCUAAAUCCAGAGACUGCAGGGUAAAGAAACCUCCCUUGUGAGCCUGCGGCACAGCAGACGUACAACAAGCCACACGCUGGGAGACAGGAUGCGCUGUUGAUGGCUCAACAAAGCAACGGCUUCGGAGGAAACGCGGCCAGCGGUGUGGAAAGGAGCCGCUUAAUUGGCAGAGUUUGAAUGCACAAGCACUAAUUAGCCGCGAGGAGCACGGUUCAGCAUCCGAUUCCCAACAGCGUUCCGAAAACUGCGCUGACAUUUUGCACUCUGCAGGGUGGUCAGUGGGUGUGCAGACUCCCCAGAAUAGAAAAUGCACAAGGCUUGUUAGCAUUUGUUGUGAAUGCACAGUGAAUUAUCAUUAAUCUGAGCUCGGGCGACGCCGAUGUUAAAAGUAUUGGGGAUUGCUUUUUGCACAAUCCACAUUUGUGUCAAAGCUGCAAAGUCUGCUUCUCCUCCUCUGCAUCUUCUGUGUAAUAACACGGACGAAAAGGCAAUCAGCGCUGAUUUCCUGAGUCAGAGACAACUUGAUGAAUAGAACACGCAUCCCUCAUGUUUUUUUUUAAAUUCAGUGCAUCACAACAAGCUCCCCCUCUGAAUCAGAGUCAAAUUACAUUUAAAACACAGUAAGCGGGACGUAAACACAAUUUGCACGUUUGUUUGUGCGUCCACGCGUAGAAGCGUAAAAAAAAAAAAAGAACGAUCGGUUUAACGACGCGUCGCUUCAGGUCAAUCAUGCGGAGUAUGUCGUGUUAUGUGCUCACACUGCGGCAAUAAUCGCCUACAUGUGAACUCUCUCAUGUGAAAUAAUUCCAUUAUUCAUGCCCGCUAUUAUAUCUGGAAAUGAGCAAAGCAUGCCCAUGUUUUAUAUUUCAAGGGAAAACAGCAGGAUGAAUACUUACUCUGCACGGUUUACCACUCCAGUGAUCCAAAGUGACAAAUGAAAAAUUCUAAGAGAAAUAUAUGCUUAUUUUUUUCUUUUUUGGGGGGGAAUAAAAGUGUGCAUUAGACUUCUUUGCAGAGGUUGUAUUGGGUAAGAUUAAUGUCGAGGAAAACAACAAUGGCUUCUUUCCGAGGAGUUGGGCGCAAAAUAAGUGAAUUCAAAGCCUCAUGUUUGUGAGGCGGUGCGAAGAGGAGGAGAGAGGAUUUAUAGUGGAGAUUAUUAUGCACAGUCACUGCUAAAGCCACCCAUGCCUAUAAUGCUGUCUGCCUAACCACACACACAUAUUGGGGUAACUGUGCUACUAGCAUUAGCUUAAAGUCGCGGCACUGCAGACAGCACAUCUCACAAAGAUGCAACACAAAGCAUUGAUUCCAUGGACACCUGAGGGCGGGCGCGCAGUCUGUCAAUACAGGUCAUUAUUAAUUCAUAAAUCAUUUUCAAGCGAUCAAUGUUGUAAUUUGGAGUAGUUUUAAAAAACUAAUUGGCACAGUCCAAUUAAGUUAUUUUCAGUGCAAAAAAAGCAUUUGCUCUGCUCCUGUAAAAAGACGUAGAUCUGGAAAGUGGUGUGUUAAUGAACGGGGCUGUAGCUAGUGGUGCUCGUUGUGUCGAAUUAAAAUCAACAUGAGCGUUGCUUUGAGUGUCAUCGUAGAUCUCCAAGAAGAGCUGGAAUCACUUUCUCGAGCUUUACUUGGUUAAAUUCACAUUAGAAAUCCCGGUCAACUCAAGCAAACAAGGGUUUUAUGUAAUCUCGUAAGUGUGGCUUUCCUGUUUCUUCAUGUAUUUCUGCUUUAUCUCUAUUUAUUCUUCCCUCUUCUCUCUCUCUCUCUCUCUCUCUCUCACAGUGACUCAUGCAUCACCCUACAGCUGCUUUUUCGGCUGUCAGAUUUUCCACAGUUUCACUGACUCUAAUCCAAUUCAGAAGCAAAUCCCAAAACGCCCAACCCUGUAGGCUGCCCUUCUCAAUGACCCACCUCGCCAUUACCAUUUACCCAGAAUUCUGUGGGAUCUUUUGUGUUUUCCGUCUUGCCCACGACACGGUUGGCUCCGAGUGUUUCCAAAAGAUAUAGCAUGGGCUCGAAGGGAGUCAAGAAAUUGCCACUACAGUACUGUAUGUGUGCCACCUAGGUCAGCCCAGAUCAGCCUAUUAGAGACAUAGCUGUAUGUAGGCCACUCGCAGUGGUGAGUCAUAUGCUAAUUUUGUGCUAUAGAUAACUUCAAGUCUGUAAAACUAUAUUUUAACUUCCUUUAUUAAUUGUGUUAUCACCUUAUAAAGUCAAGUUAGCAAACAGCUAAUCUACUCAUCCAACAGACAUGGAGCAACAUUUGGAGUUGUGUCUCGUAUAAAGUCUAAUAUUCACUCUUUAUCUAGCUCUGAUUUGGUCUCUAAUGGGGGAACUAUCGUCGCUACAUUCUCCGCUAUAGUUCGAGGACUGCGCAUUGUUCGGAAGGCCCCUUAUUCCAACAACCCAAUAGUCAAAAAAAUGUCCCAUUGAACCCAAAGCCCAUUUGUCCGAUAGCCUGUUAUCCCGAAAACAAUUCUUAUGAACGGCUAAUUAUUAUGCAGAAUUAUGUUAUUGGACCUUCCCAAUUGUUUCUACUGCCGGCGAAGACAUGACACACCAUUCUGCUCUUCUUACUUGUUGCCUUUGUUGGUUGGGUUGGUUUAGGUUCAGGCAUCAGGAGUGAGAUUGGUUAGGUUUAAGGUGAGAAUAUCAGGGGCGGGUAGGUCCGAUCAUGACACUUUGCAAUAUAAUUAGCCAUGUGCCUCUGUUCGUUGCAUGAAAAGUGUAUAUUUUAGGAGCAAUGGGCCUUCGGAGCCAUGUCCGUUUGUUUUCGGGAUGACGGGUCAUCGGACAAAUGAGCUUUCAGUCCAAUAGGACAUUUAUUUUCAGUCUAUUGAGGUUUCAGAAUAAUGGAUGGUCAAAACAAUGGCAUGACACCCUACGUUCACCAGCUAAAGUUAAACACUAGCUUUGUCUGUCGGGCAGGUAGCGUACAAUGGGUUUAUCAAAAAUGAAAACAGUCUUUGGACGUAAGAACCAAAGCAAUGAGCAGAGAGAUAAAAAUGCUCCUUAGCACUGAGGGGAACUGCAGAGUUAUAUGAUAAUUACCACUAUGAGCAAGACAUGACACAUUUUCUUCAAUGCUAGUAUAAAAACUAUUGGUGCAGCUCUAAAAGGUCAGUGUAAUUAUCUGCUAAUGUGCCAGUAGAUGUGAUGAUGUGGUUUAAUGAAGGCAAAGCAAUGAGAUCACAAAGUACAACUUUGUAAUCCUUCGAAAUGUUACUUUUAAUUGUUCCGUGUAGUGUUUCUUAAAUGCGUGACCACAUUUCCAAUGUACCCAGCAGCUUUCUGUUCUGUCUCCUUCCUCCUUACCAUGUUGGAAGAGAUUUGUAUUCCCAUCUGGCUUUCACUCCUUCCACCAACUGUCAUUGCUGGAAAGCCUGAAAAAGCUUCAUUUCUACAGUAUUUAACUGUAAAAAUAGAGGCCUCGUUAAAACAACCUACUAAAUCUCCAACUAACUGUGAACAGUUGCCACAAAAUACAAAAGACAAUAUCAGCUGCAGAAGCCACCACUUCUUUCAGCAUUUAUUCCUUUUAAUCUUAGCCGUGUUUGAAAACCACAUUCUGCCAUAUAGAAUUGUAGGAUCACAUACUAUUAUAUCGUAUUACAGUCUGUCAACCUGUAUCUGCUGUCCAUUCAGUCACUCUGUGGUGGGAGAAACAUGUCUUAAAGGCAAACAACUGAAAACAAAAAGCUGUUGUAUGCCAGAUAUGGAUUAGGGACAUGAAACAGACUGCUGGUCUUCAGCAGGAUCAGAGCUUUCAAGGUAAUGCACUUGAACAAGUGCUGAAAUAGUAUUUUUAGUCUUUAUUUGAUCAGUUCUGCACUCUGAAAGCUCGGUCUGGACAGAUUUUUAUUAUUUAUUAUUAUAUGUUUUUUUGAAUACUUAAAAUACUUUUACAGUUAUUUGAGUAAUUCAAGUUUUUCCAGUGGCCUAUCAAGGAUCCUGAACUGUCUUUCUUCUAAGGUUUAACUUCAUAAAUAGCACAAAACAAUAGCCAUUUUAAUCAUGAUGUUCUUUCUGAUAUGAGCUUAAAUACCUUACAAGGCCAUAGUGUUUUUCAGCACUGCUUGCUGCAUGACACACAGCUCUCCGACAAGAUCACCAGAGCAGUUCCCCACCGCAGCAGCAGACAACUGGACUGUAAUUAUUAAACAGAGAGGCAGAGAGGAACGGGCUGAUGGGCAAAGGCAGACAGAUAAAUACACAAAGACAGAAGCGGGCUUGUGGACGGAUAAUAAGGUAGACAGACAGAGAUAGUUACCAGAGCACCAGAUGGAUGGGCAACAAGACAGGUCGACAAAUAGCAAGGCGGCCAGAAUGACAGAUUGGAAACACCUUAAACUGGGCUCUAUAGCAAUGAAACUGAACUUACAGGGAUGUAUUCAAUUUGUGUGUUCUCUCAACGCGAGGACCAAAGGAAUUCGAAUUUUAAAAAACGUCGCCCGCCUUACUCUAUUUCUUCCAUUUUUUCAUUAAUGUGAUUGGCAGACUACAUAGAGCGGAUGGGAGUAAGGGUUUGUAGUUGCUGUGGCAACGGCCUGCUCUUUGUUAAAGGCUACAUUCCUGGCAUCUGAUGUUUCUGCGCUGCGAUCGAUAGAAAACCCAGCCUGCAGGAGGGACUGAUGAACGGACUCGGGCUUUUGCCAGGCCAGGGCUUGUUCGUGAUGGUGCUCUGUAUGGACAAGAAGCUGUGCCAUGACAGAGGGCAACGUGGGUAAAAGAGACAUGCGACACCCAGCCCUGAACCACUGCCACCUCUUCCUGGGCGGGGCCUUGCUGCUUCUCCUGGCCAGCCCGACCCUGAGCUGCCCCGCCCGCUGCGAGUGCUCCGCUCAAACCAAGUCGGUCAGCUGCCACCGCAAGCGCCUGCCCACCAUCCCUGAAGGCAUCCCCAUUGAGACGCGCGUCCUGGACCUCAGCAAGAACAAGCUACGUAUCAUCACGCCGGACAACUUCUCCUCAUUCCAGCAGCUGGAGGACCUGGACCUCAGCGACAACCUCAUCAGCGUGGUGGAGCCCGGCUCAUUCCGCUCUCAGCUCGCUCUCCGCUCGCUCAACUUUCGCAGCAACUUGCUUCAGCUGGUUCCCGCCGGCGUGCUGUCGGGCCUGACUAACCUCACCCGCCUCGACCUCAGCCACAACCGACUGGUGGUUCUCCUGGAUCAUGCCUUCCAAGAUCUGCGAAGGGUGACAUCCCUCGAGGUGGGCGACAACGAACUGGUUUUCAUCUCUCAGCGGGCCUUCACGGGAUUACUUGGACUCCAAAGUCUGACCCUGGAACGUUCCAAUCUGACCGUGGUUCCUACUGAUGCUCUGGCACACCUGCACAGCCUGGUCGAACUGCGCAUGCGCUACUUGAGUAUUAGUUUUCUAAAGCCUUUCUCCUUCAAGAGGUUAUCACGUCUCCGCCGACUAGAGAUCGAUUACUGGCCCUGGCUGGACACACUGCCUCCCCUCUCACUGCACGGCCUCAAUCUCACGACGUUGAUCAUAACCAACACCAACCUGUCUGCCUUCCCCGGCGCGGCACUGCGCAACCUGCCCUACCUCACACAUCUCAACUUGUCCUACUGCCGCAUCCAGCACAUCCAUCAGGGAGAGCUGGGCCAACUCCCACACCUGCUGGAGCUCCACCUCCAAGGGUCUCAUCUGAUUUCUAUUGAGCCCUUUGCAUUCGCGGGCCUCAAAUCUUUGCAGCUACUGGAUGUGUCACAGAACCGCCUGGACUCUCUGGAGAGUGGAGUGUUUGCCUCGCCAGACAUCCUCCAGAGGCUCUGUCUGGGUGGAAACCCAUUAGUGUGCGACUGCAGAUUGCUUUGGCUGCUCAAUAGCCAUAAGCCCCCCUCUCUGCAGAUUCUGGAUGUGCAGCCAGAGUGCAGUGCCCCGGAGCACCUCCUGGGGAAACCACUCCGUGACCUCAAGGAGCCUCUGGUCUCCAGAUACAUGACCUGCACCAAACCCCGGAUUGGACCCAACACGACCCAGCUGCUGAUGGCUGAUGAGGGUCAGCCGGCCCGCCUGAGCUGCACGGCGGAGGGAGCACCUCGGCCCUCAGUGGUGUGGAUUACACCUCACAGACGCUCCAUCACAACCAAGAGCAGCGGGAGGGUGGAAGUCCAGCCAGAUGGUACCCUGGAGAUCAAGGAAGCGGAGCUGCAUGACAGCGGUGUGUACUUGUGCAUUGCCAGCAACCCUGCCGGCAACGCCAGCCUGUCGGCCUCUUUAGCUGUGAAGAGCAUGGGCAUUGGGGACAGAUCUCACUUUAGCAACAGGAGCUCAAACUAUCUGACAGACUCUAAUAGCACAUGGGGUAAUGGGACAGUACUGUACAACAUGACAGUCCCCAUAGACCUCAAGACUAUCAUUAUAUCUACAGCAAUGGGCUGCCUGUCCUUCCUAGGUGUGGUCAUCUUCUGCUUCCUGAUUCUGUUCAUCUGGAGCCGAGGGAAAGGACGCCAUAAGAGCAACUUUGAUAUUGAGUAUGUCCCUCGCAAGUCCAACGGGGCGGCAUCAGACGUGACAGAAACAAGUGGCCCGCGACGGGUCAACAUGAAAAUGAUUUGAAAAAGGAUGCAGGCUUACGCAUACGAUAGCGAAGUCUACAACAAAGUGCACAUAUCAGCUGAAAAGAAAAAAAAAAAGUUUUUUUUCUAUGACUCAGUGGAUUUGUGACAAACGAAAGUGACGUACUAUUUAUAGUGGGUGUCGAUAUGGCAGUGAUCUAGUGAUAAAGUGGGCAUGUGAAUAUAAAAGUGAUCUAUGAAACCGUGGACGUGUUUAUAUGAAAUAAUGUUCUUAUACAGUACAUUGAAUAUACUACUAUAACCAACAUAUCAAUAUGGGAGUGAUAUAGUGCUGCACUAGGCAUGUCUUUCAGUGGUGAUGUGAUGAGUAAUGAUGUUGUCGACCCGUCGUGACAUCAGGGUGCAGGAGGGAGCCGUUGGGAGUGACGGGACAUCUUCGCGUGGCAGUAAAGCCGUCAUCGCUGCAACAUGUCAGGACUAAAUCGUCGAAAACCCAUCUUAGCUGCAGAAUGGAAGGGUGUGCGAAGUGUUCAUGUGUGCGCGCGUGCGUGUCUGUGUGAGUGCAUCGGUGUGCGCAUGUUGCAUAUGUGCGUUUCUUUGUGCAUGUGCACGCAUUGCCUUUUCUCGUUGGACGGAACAAUUCAAGCGGACGAUGGAUCCAAAGCAUUUUUUUCCAGGCCUUUGUUCGUGUUCGGUCAGUGCAACAACAGUAUUGUCACUGUUGACUAAAACAGAGGAUUAUCUAUGUUUGUAUGCAAAAAUCACAAUGAUUAUAUUAAAAGAGAAAUACAUUUUGAAAAGGUCAAAUGACUCCAACAUUAAAUGGGGAUUUCAAGGAAACGCUAAACUAACACACAAGUAGUUCCUAUGUCAAAAUGUCUGAGCUUUCUUAUUACCAUAGAGCUCCCUCGCACUUUCCCGGGGAGAUAGCAGUGGUCGGAGCCGUUAUUACUCUGGAAAAGCUUCCAGCCACAGAAAUGGCAUGUUGAACCCAUUUUAUAACAUAAUAAAUCAUGGGCAGAUUUUCCUGCCGAACAAAUCCCCCGAUAUGAUAUAAAAGAGUCGGUGACGAGACAGAAUGGCAAAGAUUUACUGGCCGGUGCCCUCUUUGGGACAAGACCAAGUUGAGCGUCACAGAUUUAUGGGAUGUAUUCCCCCCUGUCACAUUUUUCUUUGAUCGCACCACUUCAAGCUAGCGUGUCCAGAUUCUUCCCUCGGGUGCCAAGGGGUUCUGGGUAUUUAAUAGAUGGCAAUUUGAAAGUUGUAGUUGAAAUCUUGUGUUGUUUAGUUUUUUUGUUGAAAAUGUUUUAAAUGUUUAAGAGAAAAAAGAAAAAAAUAACAGUAAAACCAAUUAAGGGCAAUUGUUUGUAAUGCAGGGAGGUGGGUGUUAACUUGUGAUCCUGUUGUGAUAAAAUGUUCAAGGUUGUAUAAUUGUUUUUAUAAUAUGACAAAUUUAUGGGUAUAUUUUCAAAAGGAAAUAAAUCUUAAUCAUACCCCAAUAAUUGGACUUGCGGUAGUUGAAAUCUUGUUUCCUGAAUUUACAUUGAUGUCAACAUAUUUUAUUUUCAAUCCUGUCCUAUUAAUCCUUUUCUCUAAAUUAUAUCAGUUAUGAUAUUUAAAAUUUAUCUUAUAACCCAUGAUGUUUCUCUGUCACUCAAUAUUGUAUUGAUCUACAGUCAUGCCUUUUUCAUAUUCCAUAUAUCAUGUCAUAUAGUAAACCUUCUGUUGUAACAA